AGUGAAUCACAGGCGGAGGUGUUUCCUCUGUUGAACGCAUUCGAGUCGACCGAGAGGCUCAGUUGAAUCGCCUAUCGCCGGUCGCCUUUUGAGUUGGCGGCGUAAGUGCGCGGACGCAGGUCGAUUUGUGGGUGAGUCGCGUGGCGGCCACUUCCGAUUCCGGAUAUUCUUGCGGUGCGUGUUCUGCUCAUUGAAAAGUUCGUUACGAUUUUGCCGAGUGCUCUUGUGGCGCGAAAUUUCGCUUUGUGAAGUGUUUGUGUUUACAUUGGAAUUGGUUUAGUGGAUUUUGUGCUAUUUCGAGAAAGUGCUUGGACUGCAGUCACCUGUUGAGUGGUUGGACACCGGCGAAGAUGAAUUGGAUACUAUUCGCCGCAAGGAUUAGUUUGCUGCUGCUUUCCACAGCCAUUGAUCAAGCGAGCGGUAUUCGAUGUUAUGUUUGCGGCGACCCCAGCGAUUUGCCAGGUAUGCGCCCAGAACAGAGUGACACCAGCCUAUUGUCCUGUGAGGAAUUCGAUAGAUCGCAAGGAGAUUCUCUGAAAAAAUUUAUCGUAGAUUGCCCGAACCACUAUAAGGGAUGCAUCACUCAAAAACAAGGUAACAACGUCCACCGGGCAUGCGAUACCGUCGCCUUCGAUGAUUGCCAGUCUGCGAAUGGAAUCACCUACUGCUACUGCAGCGGAAAUCUUUGCAAUGCUCCAGGGGCCAUGAAACUCUCAACCACCAGUGCAGCCUACAUCGAUCUGAAUAAAGUUGAACCUCUCACAGAUGAUGAAGACUACGUGGAUGCAUCAGGCGAUGAUGAUAUCAUUAACUUUGAUUCGAAUGAAAGAAGAAUCAUUAUAAAGGGUACCUUCGAAACUGAGAAAACCAAAAGUAUAGAAACGAAUGAGGACGGUUCCCAGCCCAGUACGCAUGCCAACGAAUACGACGAUGGGAACGAUUUCAUAACCACUGGAGAUGAAUCUGUUCAACUAGUUGGCAGCGGGCCGACUUCUGAUUCCACCAAACCUGAUACAACAAGUACAUGGUCAACCAUUCCCUCUAAUCUAUCGACUAAUGUCAGGGAGUCGAAGUUAACGACAAUUACUUCAGCCACUACUUCCACAACAACUACGAGUAUUUCCAGUACACAUGCUGGGGACGUUAAGAAGUCUUCGACACGACUUACAGGGGCGAAUGGAAGUUGCAAAGUAUUUUCCAGCCAAAUGACUACUUUAUUAGUCUUGAUAGUAGUUACGUUACUGAGUUAUUAAGGGGAAACAAUCUUUGAUUGAAUUUACAAACUAGUAUCUGUGAUAUAAUGUGUAGGUUUGAAGUGAAAUCAUGUAAAAUACCGAGUAAAAUAUAAAAAACAACUUACAUAAGUAUUCUAAGACCAGAACAUACCUCUAUAUUUAUUUUAUAGUCUAGCAACAACUAUUUACCUUUGCUGUAUGAUCAUGUACAAACAAUCAUCUAAAAUUAAAGCCACAUUGUAAA